AUGCCACCCCCCUCUCGAAAGCGACGGCUUUCGGAUAUUGCUUAUAAGCCUUCUGGCUCAGUCCGAAAGCGUUUGAGACGGAAUAUCCCUUCCCCACCACCCAAUUUGGUUGCACCUUCCUCUCAGGAAGAUAUCAAUUCAGACUCAGAUGUCUCUCCUCUCGAAAUACCAGUUAGCAGCGCUCCAGCCUCACCACGAUUCGACCACGAUGGGGAUAAUGUGCCUCUAUCCCCACUCGACCUCCAGCCAUAUAUUGUUCCUCCGGUUACUCCCACUCAUGCCAAAAGUAGAAAUCAACUGCAGACCCCUAUGACAGUGCUACUCAGCAGUCCAGCUCAGUUAUAUGGCCGUCCUCGUAUACGGCGUUCACAUCAUAAUCCAUUAGCCAACUCUGAGCUCCGUGCAUCCCCCAUACAGUGGGAAGAUAAGCAAGCAGAAAUUCGGAUGAAGAGAGCAGCAACAGAAGCUGUUCAGGAUCUGAACACCAAACAGCUGGAACGAGAGGAAGUGAAUAAAGCGCAUCACCUAUUCAACUCCAUUACCCAACCAAAAGAAGAGGGAGGACUUGGAUUUCGCAGCAUGAAGCACUUUGCUGAUCGGUUGUUUGGAACUGACAAGACCGUGCCUACAGGUCAAUAGCUAUAGAGGUUCUGAGGCCGGAUCUGGCCCGGGAAUGGCCCGGGAUAAUUCCGAGGUCCGGAACUGAGUAUUGGCCUGUAGUACACACUGGGAGUGGGACGUCGGUGAAGCUAUUAGCAACACCCUUCACACACUGUUGGUGUUCCCGGGAAUUAUGGCAAGAGUGCAAGAUUGGUAUGAGCAGCCUAAAUGGGGUUCCUGAUGAUCCGGGAGUCCAGAAGCAAAGGGUAAAGAAGAUAUUAAAGACUGGGAUAAGAUGGUACACUUGAUUUCAAGCUU